AUGCAGCUGCCAGUGCAGAAGAACAAGCUAUCUAAAUACUUUCUCCCCACGGCUCCGGCUGCCAAGAAACAGUUCCAACCACCGCGAAGGUCGCCCGUAACGCCCCCGGUCCAGUCAGCCUUCGAGCCGUCUCGUCCUGAAGCUGCUGCCGAGCCUGGCCCCUCUGGCUCGGCAAAUCAGCCAGGUGGAAACAGCAGCGGAAGGGGCGGGCGUUCUGUGAGGAGGUCAGCUGCAGGGCAGGGGUCUGCAGGGUCCACAGCAGGUGAAGGCUUGAUGGGAGCGGAAGAGGGCAGUGGUGAGCCGAUGGUGGGGGAAGACUUGGUGCAGUUUAUGGCAGGGACGGUACUGGAGGAGGAGAGGCAGCAGCAGCCACAGCAGGAGCAGCAGCCGGUUGCAGCUGGGCCAAGAGCAGCUGUUGCCCGUGUGUUCCAACGGUUCACUCCACCCCGCUCCAUUGCCGAAGCUGGGACCACUCCUGAGCCACCAUCGCAGCAACGGCAACCGUACAGGCGAGCAGCACCACCACGUGUCUCUGGAGAUAGGCAGGAGGGUACGCCAACUGAGUGGGACCAGUUUGUGUUGCGGGGUAGUGAAGGAGCCCGAGGAGAGGAAGAGAGAGCAGAGGACGGAAGUGAGCGAUCGGAGGGUGUGUUGAGAAGGGGCCGAGAUUUGGAUGAAGAGUGGGGCGUAAACGCAGACCUGGAUGCAGAUUUAGAUGAGCUGCUGCUGCCUCCUGCCUUUGACCUCGUGAAUGACGUGCCAGGCAGUCACGAGAUAAGGCAAGCCGGCAGCAGCAGGCAGCAGGCAGAGGCGGUGUUUGACUCGCCGAAGCGGAUGCUGGGGAGCGGGCGAGGGGUGCAAGGGCGGGGAGUUCGAGGGAGAAUGGGGGCGGCGCACGUGGUGGUGCAACAGGAGAUGUCCUGCUCCACAUGUGUGGUGAGUCCCUCCUUCCUAUCUUUCCCUCCUGUUUCUCCUGCCGUUUUCUUGACGAUUAGUCACCCAUCAUCGCCCCCUGGUCACCUGUGUAAUAGCUCAGGCCGUUUUAUGCAGGUGCGGCCUGUCCAGACUCUCCAGUCGUCGUUUCUCUGCAUGGCAGGUGCACCUCCAGCGGACGCCAGUUUCUUCUCGCUCACAGCAACCCACACCAUCCGCACAACACACACUCUCUCGCACAUGCAAGCACACGCCAUGCAUGGCAUCGAAAUUGACCCAUUUGCCGACCCAUGGCCCGUGGGCCACAGCAGUGACCCCCUCCUCCCGCACGUCCUUCCAUCCAUCAGCCCCUUCGGCCCUGCCAGACCUUUUUCUGUGAGAGAAUUGCAAGGAGAGGCGGAGGCGGUGGAGGAGGAGCAGCAGCAGCAGCAGGAGCAGGAGAGGGAGGAGGAGAGUCCUUUCUUUAGGCCCGCCAGAAGCUCUUUCCCUUUUGCGCCUUCUCCUCUGCUGCCUCCCUCUCACUGCAGUGCUGCUGCUUCUCUACAUCGCCGCCCACCUCCUUCUCCUCUUCCUCGUCUUCAUCCUCGUCGUGCAACCACGGGUUUAUUCACUCCCACAACUCUAGCUUCCCCACCCUCAGCUGCUGCUGGGAAUCCGUUUGCUUCACACGUUCACCGCAGUAGCAUGCCUGGUUCCGCUGCAGCUGGAGCUAUUGUUCGCACCACUGCUGCCGCUGCCGCUGCCUCUGUUGCUGCUACUGCUGUUGCGUCUGCUGGUUCAGCAGAGGUGGAAGAGGGGUUGUUCUGGCACGAUCGGGGCUCUGGUGCGGCGGAAGGAGCAGAUGCACCAGGCGCAGAUUAUGCAGAUGCACUAGACCAGGCAGAUGGGGGGGGUGAGAGGGAUUGUGGAGAUGAUGGGUCUGAUGGGCCCAAUGGGGCAGGUGGCUCAGACAGGGCAGCUCGGAUAGAACGGGCUGGUUCUGCAGUGCAGGCAGAGGGUAUGGAGGAGGAUGAGGGGCCUGGUAGGGCAGGAUUCAAUGCACCUGGACGGCAGGGUCUUGUGUUCAGGAUGCCGGUAGCUGGUCUGCCUCCUGGUAGGGGUUUGAAUGCUGGUGCUGCAGGACGAGCAGCACGAGGUGGCAGAGGGAGGGGGGUGGGUGACGUUACCGGCACAGUGCGAGGGGAUCGCAAGAGAAAUCUGGCACGGGGGAGUGCGUUUUUCAGAGGGAAUGCUGCUGAGGGUUUUGAAGAUUGUGAUGCUGAGGAUCUGGGGCAGGCUGAGGGUUCUGAAGGUGGUGAUGCAGGCAAUGGGGAUGGAGAAGGGGAGCGUUAUGGUGGUGGUGGUGUAGAUAGAAACGAGUUAGGUGAUACAGGGGAUGGGGCUGCAGGGGAGAUGCACAUCAGGAGUGGGAGUAGCGGCAUGAGUGGACUGUCGUUUGCUACUGAUGUUUCACAUGUGUUACGGUACUCAGCGGUGGGGAAGGAUGCGAUGGGCAAGGUGGCUGCGAAACUGGCCAGCUUCAGACACACUCCAGCGGAGAACAAACCGAGAGGGAGGAUGGGGCGCCGAUUGGGGGGCUUGAAACGACAACGCUCAAGCCAACUCACCUCUCCCCUCCCUCAUCCCGCUGCCAAAACACCUCAUAGUUUGACUUUCCCGCUACCCGCUCCAACCACCACAAGAACCGCUGUAAAAACAACCUUGGAUGGGUUUAACGAGCAUCCCUCCUCCAUCAUUCGGCUGCUGAAGACGGAGCUAGGGAAAGAGGAUCCGGACACGUCAGCAUGGAGGGACGGUGCGGAUGGACGUAGCGAAACCAGCUUUGGGGGAGACACAGAGGGGAUCAGAAUAGGGAGAAGUGGAGCAGACGACGGGGGGGAUGAUGUGGUUCAGCAGCAGCAGAAAGAGGAGGGGGAGGAGGAGGAGGAGGAGCAGAGGCAGGAGGAGCAAGAGGAACAAGAGAAGCAGGAGGAACAACAGCAGGAGGAGCAACACCAGCAGCCUCAAGACCAGCCCAUACCUGAUCCAACAGCCAAUCAUGGCGAUUCCGCUACUCCUCUCAUUUCCACCGACAUUCCCUCCCCCGACAUCCACACUCCUGCUUCCUCUUCUUUUUCCUCCUCUUCUCCGUUCGCGCCUCAAAAGCUGACGUGGCACCCACACCCGGACCGAUACCUGUUGGCAGUGUGCGUGCGCGGGCAGGUGAACCACCGCAUUCAACCGCAUUGCCUGCCUCAACCGCCACCUCAUCCGUUUCACUCCACUCACCUCCCCUUCUACUGUUCUCUGCCUGUGAACAACCGCAUUGGCUGCCUCUACCGCCACCUCCUCAUCCUUUUUCGCUCCGCUCAACUUCUACUCCCCUCUUCACUUGCACCCCACCCCUCUCCUCUCCCCCUGCGUGCCCAUCAGGUGAACAACCGCAUUGGCUGUCUCUACCGCCACCUCAUCCUCGCAGCCCUGCUCAACCGCACGCUGCUCGUCCCGGCCCGCCUCCCCUCCCUCACCCCGCUGCUCUGCCAGCGGGGCACAUCCGGCCGCGCAUGCCCCUCCUACCCGCUCCCCCUCUUCUGGGACCUCAACCACACGAGACGCUGCCUGGGUGCCGCCUCCGUGAUCAGAUCAGACGAGUUUGCCGCCCGGUUCAGCCGCCCAGUGGAGGUGAACCACAUGCGGUGCUGGCACGGGCCGGAGGGGCUCUGCCACCCGACGUAUCCCAUAGUGAAGAAGAACUGUUUGGUGGGCACGGCGCUGAGUUACGUGGCUGAGAAUCUGCGGAAGAAGUUUGGCGGGCGGAGAGUGGCGAGCGAUGUGGUGCAUGCGAUGCUGCUCAACGGGUCUUCUCUGCAGCCUCACAGUGGUGUGUCUGAAGCUGAUGAGUCGUCCAAAGAUACGGAGUCGUUAACCUCGCCCUCCCUGUCGGACGAGCCCACAACUGUGGGAGACCACCUGCUGCAGCUCACAGGGAGAACGCUCAAGCACUCCUCCUCCUCUUCCUCCUCCUCCUCUUCCUCCUCCUCCUCUUCCUCCUCCUCCUCUACCUCCACCUCCUCGUCCUCCCCUUCCAACCCUGCAUCCUCCACCUCGCUGCCGAUCCGUCCCACGCCCAUCGACCCCAUCCGCAUGAUAAUGCUGCACCAGCCUGGUGCCGUCUCCAUCCCGCCUUCCGCCACGGCCUCUGCGCUCUGCCUGCCGCGCUUCGUGCAUGUCUCUGAUGUGCUCCGUGCGUACGGCCCUCUAGGGGAGUCUGUGCGAGUGCUGGCUGUGGGGGACCUGGUGGGGACGGCUGUGCUGGGCCUGCCUCACAGGUACGCGCUGCUGCAGCAGAGGGCGCGGAGGUGGGAGGAGAGCGGGGGAAAGCGGCAGGGUGGGGCAGGAAAAAGGGAGGGCAGGGGGUUGGGUGGGAGAGAGGGGCAAGUAGAAGAGAAGGGGUUUCAAGUGGAAGGCUCAUCUGCGGCUCGAGGCAGAGAUGGAUCAUCUAACCUGGGGGAUGGAUAUUCCGGAGGGAGGAAUCUUUGGCUGGAUAAGGAUUUCGUCCGCCCGCCCGGUGGCCGGUGGCUGGGGAGUUCGGGCAGCGGCGGUCUCCGAGAUUGGCUUAGUAUUUUUCAGUUCCUGCCCGGGUGCCGCAACACAGCGGCCAUCAUCCCGCCCCCGGCGGUCUUCCAGCGAGCUCAAGCCAUCAUCCGAUCCCUCUUUGGUGCAGCAAUGGUGGAUGGUGGUGCAUCUGAUAUGGGCGGUUCUGCGGAAUCGGAGACAGGUCAUUCUGGUGGUGACGUCUCAACAGAGGAGGUUGGAGCAGGGGAGGGUAAAGCAGGGGACACUGGAGCAUCGACUGACGCUGACCUGCCUGUUCCGGCAAACCUGCCAGCAUUCCUGGCAGUGCACUGGCGGCGGGGCGACUUCCUGCAGUUCUGUGCGCGCUCAGGGCCGCCCGGCUUCUGCUUCUACUCGCCCGUGCAGGCCGCGCAGUGCGCUGCUGACGUGGCGCGCCGCAACGGGCUCGUGAACGUCUACGUGGCAACGGAUGCUGAAGACAAGGAGUUCCAAGAGUUUCGAGAGACAUUGGGUCCAGAGUUCACGGUGGCGAGACUCCCCUCUUCCCCAUCCCCUCUAUUGCCGGACCCGCAUCAAGAUCCUCUGUUGGGGCUGAGGCAUGGGGCUUUCCUCAAAGACGCAGCAAGCCUGCUGUACACCAUAUUGGAUAAGGUUAUAUGUGUUUACUCCACUGUGUUUUUAGCCACACCAUCAUCUACACUCUCUAACGAUGUUGCUCGUAUAAGGGAGGGGCUUGGCAUCCCUGCUGCGAUGGCUGCUGCUGCUGCUGUUGGAGCAGAGGAGGAAGCAGUGGGGGAGAGUGCGGAGGUGAGAAAAGGGGUUGAUUUUGGAGAGAGUACUGGAGUGGAGGAGGGAAGGGAUGGUGCUCUUCACGAGCACAAUGCAGCGGACCCCGAACCUCAUUCCGAUCCUGAGUCCGACCCGAGCCAUCACGGCCCGGAUACAGCAGUAGCAGAUUUUCAUGCUGGGGUGGAGAAAGGCUCACUGGGAUCGGAGGGUGAGAGGGGGUCGCUGAGCGGUGGUGAGGGUAGUGGGAUGUGGCGUGGCAAGCUGGUGUGGACGCCACAGCCCGACAGGUUCCUGCUCGCCGUGUGCCUGCGAGGCCAGCCUGACAGGUUCCUGCUCGCCGUGUGCCUGCGAGGUCAGGUGAGUCACAGGUGGGUGAUGGUCCGGUCAUUAGCAGUUAGAAUGGGGGUAAGAAACCGCAUUGUCUGCCUCAUCCUUCCCACUGCUCUCUGCCCCUCCUCUCCACCACCCUCGUUCUUUUCCACCUCAACCCCCCUCCCCCCAGCCUUUCCACCCACAUCGUUUCCACCGGUCUUUCCACACCCGACCUGUCCACCCGACUCCUCUCCUCUUUCCCCAUGUGCCCGCCAGGUGAACAACCGCAUUGGCUGUCUCUACCGCCACCUCAUCCUCGCCGCGCUGCUCAACCGCACGCUCCUCGUCCCUCCAGUUUUGCUCUCCACGUCCCUCGCCUACUGCAAGCACGGCCUCUCCGGCUCCCCCUGCCCCUCCGUCCCGCUCCCCCUCAUCUGGGACCUCGCGCACACGCGCACGUGUCUGGGCGGCGACACUGUCCUGCGCACGGACGAGUUUGCCGCCCGGUUCGGCCGCCCGCUGGAGGUGCAUCACCUGCGGUGCUGGCACGGGCCGGAAGCGACGUGUCCGAUGGGAAAUCCUGGGCUGCUGAAGAACUGCUUGGUUAAUGACACGACGCAGGGGGGCGGUGGGAAGAGGAGGAGGCUGGCGGGAGUGUCUGGGGGAUUGAGGAAGCUGUCUCGAGUGGGAGUGGGAAUGGGAACAGCGGCGGCUGCUGCUGUGAGAGGGUGGUUUGGAGGGAGUGAGAUGACGUGGGUGAGAGGGAGCAGGAGAAGAAAGCUGCUGCAGCAGCGGACCCUGCAAGACACCCCCUCCGCUAACCGCUCCCCACCGCUCUACACAGUCCAUUCCUUCGCCGACUCGCCCCUCCAAACCUCUGCGGCGCACCUGCACCUGUUGCCCCGCCAGCUCUCCCCAGAUGUGCACAUCAGCGCCAGCGCCACGGCGUCUGCAGUGUGCUUCCCCCGCUUCGUCCACGUACGGGAUAUCCUCCGUGCCUAUGCUCCAUUAUCAGCCUCCGUCCCUGUGCUUGCUGUGGGGGACCUGGUCUUCACCGCCUUCCUUGGCCUCUCAGACAGGUACGAGCCCUUCAAGGAGCGUCUUUUUCGGUACAAACGAUGGCGCGAGCGCGAGGAGGCUUCACAGGAAAGGGAGGGCACCUCGACGAGCAAUUUUGUUGGCAUGCUUGCGAGCAGCAGCAGCAGCAGCCAGGUGAUUCUGGAGUCUGAUUUCCUUGGGCCCGCUGGGGGGCGCUGGCUUGGGAGUGCAGGAAAGGGGGGUCUGAGAGAAUGGAGGAGCGUGUUCCACUACCUGCCUGGCUGUCCGGUUCCCGUGCCCAUUCUGCCCCCCAAGGAGAUUAUUGAGGAUGGUAGGCGGCUCGCACAAGCCCUGUUUGGUGGGGAGAGCGGUGCCAGAGCUAGCAGCGGGGGUGGGGGUGACGAGGGCACGGAUAGCAGCUUCACGAACGAUACACUUGCAGCGGUUGCAGGAGGGGCAGGAGGGGCAGCAGGGGACAAUCUCCCCGCCGUUUCACCCGCAGGAUCAGGCGGUGCAUCAGAGGGCGGGGGAGGAGGGGGGUACCUGGCGGUGCACUGGCGGCGCAGUGACUUCAAGGACUACUGCGUGUGGUCGGGGCCUUCUGGCUUCUGCUUCUACUCUGCGCAACAGGCUGGCAAGUGUGCUGCUGACGUGGCACGGCGCAACGGGCUAAGGAGUAUUUAUGUUGCUUCUGACGCCAAUGUGGAGCAGUUUGAAGAGUUUCAAAGGGCAGCAGGCUCUGCCUUCAAGGUCAUUCGCUACCCAGACAACCCAUCAGCAUUCCUCACAACCCUCACUUCAGAGCCUCUCCUUUCCAACAUCCCUGCCUCCAUUGAUCGAGAGGAAGCUUCCCUGCUCCUGCACAUGCUCCUUGACAAGCUCAUCUGUGUACGCUCUACAGUGUUCCUCGCUACCAUGUCGUCCACUCUAUCCAACGACGUCGCUAGAAUGCGCGAGGGGUUUGGCGUGCCAGCAGCCUUAGCAGCAGCUGCUGAUCCUGGAGCUGGCAAUGCUAGGAAAGUGGCUGCAACCAAUGAUGCACCCGGUGACGUCGGUUUAGAAUUUGUGGUGAGCUCGGGUGUAGAGGAACAGAGGGAUGGUGGGCUGUGUGAAGGGGAGAAAGUAUGGCAACCCCUUGAGGGGUUGUUUGGGUGGAUGAAGGACAUGAAAGCCAAGAGAAUGACCGAGCAUUCAGCAGGAGAGUGGAGGAGAUGA